UCCCAAAAAACCUUGUGGCCGAAAUCACGGUGGCGGUCAGAUUGUUUUUUUAUAAAACCUUGAUCUGGACAACAGUUCUGUUGUGGUGUUUCAUUUUACUCUUUUAUCAUUGUUGUCGUUGCUAUUGCUUUCAUUGUUGUAUUUUUAGUGUUUAAUUUGUUUGUAACUGAUCUGUUUGCCAAUGUUCAUACUUUUAGUAAAACUCUACUGAAACUUACAAUUCCCCGAAUAAAGCUGUUAAGAAACAGAAGAGAGAUUCAGUUAAAGAAUAUGCGGCGUGACAUCGCCAAGCUGCUUGAGACUGGCCAAGAAGCCACAGCUCGUAUUAGGGUAGAACAUAUUAUCAGAGAGGAGAAUAUGAUGGCUGCCCAAGAAAUCAUUGAACUCUUUUGUGAACUUAUUGCUGUCCGUCUUCCAAUAAUUGAAUCUCAAAGGGAAUGUCCACUUGAUUUGAAGGAAGCCAUAUCUAGUGUAUGUUUUGCUGCACCAAGGUGUGCAGAUCUGCCAGAGUUGUUGCAGGUUCAGAUGCUAUUUGCUGCCAAAUAUGGGAAGGAAUUUUUAUCUGCUGCAACUGAGCUCAGGCCAGACUGUGGUGUUAAUCGCCAGUUAAUAGAGCUACUUUCAAUCCGUGCUCCUUCACCAGAAAAGAAACUGAACCUUCUGAAAGACAUUGCUGUUGAGCAUGAUUUAGAAUGGGACCCAGCAGCAUCAGAAACUGAGUUCUUUAAAAAACAUGAAGAUUUAUUGAAUGGCCCCACCCAAUUCUAUAGUGGGUCUAAGUUGCCCCUUCCUGAUGAAAAACCACACGAAGAGAUGUACUCUGCUCAUGAAACACCCAAUAAAGAAGAACCUGAUUCUGAUUCUGGCUCUGAUACAUUAGAAUUUCCUGAAGUUCCUAAAGUAUCAGUCCGGCCUAACGCAAAUGUUGCCACAGCUCCAGAAAUGGUUACACAUCUGACUAUGGAACCCCUUGAUGUUGAUCUUGAUUCAUCAAGCAAUUCCGGAGAUUUUGAAGAUGUCAAGCAGGAGCAAGUUGAAGAUAGAUCAACAGUUCACAAAGAUGAACCCCAUACCUCAAUUGCCAAAGAGAAUAUACAGUUCGUGCCAUUCAUCUCUCCUCCAGCAUUAUCAUCUGGAUCAUUUUCUGCAAGACCCAGUGAAUCAUCUCCCACCUUGUCAAGCGCAAAACCGGAACCCAAUGUGGACUUACAGGAUGUGUUGGCUGCAGCCCAUGCUGCUGCAGAAACUGCUGAACGGGCUGCAGCUGCAGCUCGCACAGCAGCUAGUCUUGCUCAAGUCCGUAUUAAUGAGCUGACUAAGAAGAGAACUGAUGAACGUGUUGUUGAAAAGUCAAAAAGUGUGGCUGAAAUCCUGCAAGAAAUGGAGCAAAGUAUGGCCAUAGGACAUGGAACAAAACAUGGAGAAAGUUGCGGAAAGUAAGUGGCUGCAAUUUUUUAUUCAAAAGGCCUUUGGAAUAGUGCCCAUCCUUCAAGUAUAAAAGGGGCAUUUUGCAGCAUGCAUUUGCAUCACAUAACACAACACUUCAAAGCAUUCUUGGCAGAGUUUGCAAAUUAUCAUCAGCGAGAGGUAGAAAAACUAAGAGAGAAUUAGUUUAGCUUCUGGGUGUAAUUGGGUUGUGGGUUGUAAGUGACUGUGAGAGAGUUUUGUAAGCAUCAGUGUAUUUUUUAUUAUCUCCUAUUAAAAGAUCUCCAGUAGUCCGGAGACGUAGGCAUUAUUGGCCGAACUCCGUUAUCAAUUUUGAUGUGUCCAAUUAUUCUACUUUUA